GCAAGAGGUGCAUCUCGCACGCACCACGCGCAGUUGCGUUGCUCCGGACGAGGCAAUGAGCUUCUCUCUUUUGGGCGGAGUGUACGAUUCUGAGAGUGAGGAUGAUGAGAAUGGCCGACGUCGUUCUGGAGAGAAUGGGGCAAGCUCGUCUGGGGAUGACAGUUCAGUAGAGGAUGGCGAUGGUGAAGAUGUGUCGCAAGGUCAGCAGCAAUGUGCACAACUACCAGGAGAGGGUGAUCCGUGGGGCAGCCAAGCAGCUUCUGCACAAGAGCGCGAAAGGGGGUUACCCUCGCCGCUGGAUAUGUUUACAGAAGUGAAAGGGCCUCCCUCGUUUCUCGACCCACCUGCGACCCGUCCAAUACCUGGCUUGCCGGCAGGUCGAGAAGAAGUACCGGAUUACGGAGCGGUUGAGAAAGGGGAACGGACCCCACUUGGGUCAAGUGACCCUCCGGUUUUGGAGGGUAGGGAGAAGAAACAGCUGCCUGUGGGAGCUGUCAUUGUAGCACAGGCGCAGACAGUGGUGUCAGCCAGAGACUGGCCAAAGGUUGACGACGAAGGUGGUGGCCAUGGCGAGGGCGUCACGACGGUGGAGAGCGUACAGCCAGUCAAGAACGGUGAAGCACAGCAGGGCAGGGUGUACGGCGUGCUGAUGCCUACAAAGGAUGGUGCCUCACAGCUCCUCAGGAUUUGCGAUCGCUGUGGCAUUCCCAAGACGUUUUCAAACUCCUUUGGAGGGCUGGUUUGCCCUCAGUGCAAAGGCCGUGCUCUCACUGCAGCAGCAGUGGGGGGAGGAGGAGGAGGAGGAGCAGCAGCAGGAAGCAAGGGGGCGGAAGAGGCUGAUGCAAAAGAGGGAGACGGAAAAAGGAAGUUCACUGUCAAAGACCGCGAGAAGAGCAAGAGAAUGCGCGGCCAGUCGUCUCAUGCAUCAUGGAAAUCACAGCAUCCAGAGCAAGAGUGUCAGGCACAACCAGCUUUGACACAGAGGAUUGUCAAUCACUCCAAAGAGGUGUCUAACGAAGAAUUCAUGAUGGAUGGCUUGAAGACGCCCGAUCCGCCAUCAAGAAAGAGAUUUGGAGCAGUUGGUGAGAGUAAGAAAACUGGAACACAGGAAUGGAGGUGGUCUCCGGGUACACCAUCAAUUGGCGGUGCUUGCUCGCCGUCGAUAUCAUCAGUAGGGGUGUCAGAAGCAAUGACACCGAGAGUUGCAACGCCAUCAAAAGCAAUGACACCGAGAGUUGCAACGCCAUCGAAAGCAAUGACACCAAGAGUUGCAACGCCAUCAAACGCAAUGACACCGAGAGUCGUAACACCGUCCGGGUUGUCGGAGAGGAAGAGGAGGAGUGGGUGGUGUAGUAUUGGCUCCGGUGCAGGGAGAGACGAGGGCAGUCCUAUCUGCUUGUCGGCAAGGAAAAAAGGGAGGAAGGAGGGAGGGGCGAGUGUGGAGUACCACAGCCAGGACAAGACACAGACACGGUCGUUUCCAAUCCCCCGGAACGAAUCCAAAAUGAUGCUGCCUCCCCAUUCUCAGAUUGACACUCCUUACCAGAAGAGCGUCGAAGGAGAGGAUCCGUUCGUGAAGAAUAUAGGAGGAGGUGAACUUCUGCAGCAACCAGUGACACCGCUGAUGGAAACAUCAUCGUCAAGGUCGCUGCGUAGACGUCCUGUGCUGAAGUCUAGCUUGGUUGGGCUCACAAUAGCCAGCCCGCGUUCAGCCAUCGACUCUGCGCAAACGGCUGUGGGCUCUUUCUGGGGCCUUACGAGUGGCACAGCAUCCAAGAAGGAGAUAAAGGAGAUAGAGGUGAAGGCAGAUGCUCUGGAGGAAAAAGAACUAGACUGUGAUGCUACCGAUGAUGAUGAUGACGAUGACGAUUGUUUACUCGUGUCGAUGGAUGGCGAUAUCAAAGAGGAAAAAGGGCUUACCAACGACUCUAAGCGGACAUCGCUUGUUUGUGAAGAUGUGGUUGACCUGAGAGACAGCAGUGAUGAAUCGGAUGAUGACAUGGAGGAGGCAGUGGAGGUGGUGAAUGAUGAAGAAAAAGAUGUCGUGAAGAAGAUGGAAAGCUCUGCUCCAGGGUUUGUUUCCGAGGGUGCCGAGGGAGGAGUGAGUGACAGAGUUCUCAAAGGAAAAGGAGGGGAUAUGGUUUCUGCUGCCGGCAAGGUUGAAAGGGGGGAGGCGUUACGGUCUCCAAGGCCUUCCUGGAAAAAGGGUGUUGGACGGCAUAAAGGAGGCAAAGGGAGUCUGAUAGAUAAUCAUUUCCCGCCCUCCAUGCCAACGCAGAGGAGGAAGAUCAACUCGGCUGCUGUUCCAUCUGUUCGUCAAGGGAUGAUUACAAGAAGAACAAACGCGAUGAAGGUGAUGAGCAAGAAAGCUACUUCAAAUAACCUUCUGAAUUAUUACCGCCUAUCAAAGGGAGGGAUUUCUUCGGCUGCUCGUGGAAAACGCUCCGAUGUAACCAAGGAGAGCAACGCCCUGCACAAGUAUGCAGCCUCUGUAGCGUAUGGAUCGUCAACAAAGGUGAAGGAUGGCACUUCGACAUCACCGCCAACCCAAUCAGAAAAGCGCAAUAGGGUGCCUUGUGAUGCAACUGAGGACAGCAACACUCUGCACAGCCAUGCAGCCCCCAUCGUUUAUGAAUCGACAACAAAGGUGAAGGAAGGCACUUUGGAGUCACGGCCUACCGCAUCAGAAAAGCACGACAGGGUGGCUUGCUCCCCUACUCAACUCCCUGCUGUCGCAUUCAGUGGGUGCGAAGACGGUUCACAAGUGCAGGUGCAGACAAAGGGAAACGAGCGUUUGCCGUUUUUGCACGAAGGCAACGGCACCGUCGUUCCUUCAUUGUCACAGGUUGCUGCGUUGCAGGACCUUGAAUCCCUGUGCGAACGUCCUGCGAGGAUAGAAGAGAGAGGUGAAGAUGGAGCGAGCAGAAGGCAUGUUGUCGGCUACAUGGCGAAGACUGUUGAUGCAGGCAAUCGCCAACCCAUUGCCGCGAGAGCAAGAGAAGGGAGUGGUUGUCAAAGUGCGCUUCGGAUUCCACCCUCUCCGCUCCAGCGCGCCGUUGGUGGAAAGGCGAUUCCACUCACGAGUGUCCUGAGGAGUAGCGACCGCCCAGCGAAAUCGGAGACGGUCAGCGGCACCCCUGGACGACGUAGAGUCACCUUUGAUCUUCGGCAUCAAGACGACUCUGAAGCGUACGGCAUCGAUCGGGUCGUCAUUGGAUCGCCGAUGACGACGACAACUAGUUCUUGCGAAGUUGACGGGACAUGCGACACCUUUGACUGCCUCUGGACGAAAGAACCCAAACGUAUCGUCGAGUUUCUGUGGCAGAACGACCCUGUGUACAGAGGCAUGCUCUGUAUGGGCUGUGAGCAUCAAUACACAGACGAGUUCCGCGAACGUUACCUGCGCGCUCUUGCUGCUGAAUCUUCCUGAUCUGAUGGUGUUGCGAGGAGCCGUCUGUUGUUUUCUUGAUGCCUUUGACACCCUCUGGAUGGACGUAUGGUCGAGUUUUUUUUUGUGGCAGAACGACGCUGUAUACAGAGGCAUGCUCUACAUGGCUUGUGACCAGCAAUACACAGACGGACUAGCUACGGGGGGAAUUUUGCCUGCUAUCACUCGCUGCCGAACCUUCCCUGCUCGACGAGGUUGCAAGCGGCGGCUGUCUGCUGUGUUCUUCACUUUUUUCUGUGGUGCUUUCAGAUCAAUGCAUCGUGAAGCGGAGCCCCAGAGGAAUGCCGUCCUUUUCUUCUGCGACGCAAUCUUGUUCACCUGCCGAGCCAUUCUCUUGGGUCCAACCGGUGUUUCUUAUUAGACUCAGGGAGUAGUCGGAGGUGUGAUGGGGUGAGUCAAGGCACCUGCUUGUCUACCGUGGAAAGGUGUUCAGCAUGUCAAAAGGCCCCUUCACAUUCCUACUGCGGUAACUGGAAGCCACGACUUUCCUAUUUCGGAAUGCAAGGCUCGUGGUGGUCCCCGCCGAUAUAAGUCAAAUGCUGCCUACUAGCCUGGUUUAUAAAUGCCCAAAGGACCUUUAUUUUCCUACUAUGGAAAGUCGGAACAGCGGACGUUGCCUAUAUCUGCAAGUAAAAACGCCCCUACCUUCUUCCUCUGAGAAAGCCCUACUUUUGCCAAGGAAUCCGGGAAGGCAAGAGAGGGCCCUGCAUGCAUUCCUACAGUUAGCUGACUCGAAGCCCUUACCUGCCUGCCUAUUUUGGAAUCGACGUUUGUUUGUGGUCGUCUACACUGGCGAGUCCAGUGCUACCUACUUCCCUUUUUUUCUCCGUGAAGUGCGAAAGGCCUCAACUUUGCCACUCUGGGAAGUCCGAAUGUUGAACGCGCCUACACGAGGAAGUUAAGGUCCCUCCUUUCGUGCUCUGUGAAGUCAAAGCCGUACUUUUGGGGAGGAAUGGACGUUUGUUUGUGGGUGUCUACACUGCUUCCGGGGUGGGCAGCGGGAGCAAAAUGGCUGGCGGCACCAACCAAAAUGAGGCGUGCACAGGUUCAUGCUUCUUUGGUGGACAGGGAGGGCGUUUGAAGCCGUGGGCAAAAGUGGCCUGGAAGUAGCGUCAUCGGUUUAGUAGAUUUUACAAAGAUCGGUGUCCUGUUGUGGUGAGUCUGCUUAUGCAGGAUCGUCAUCUGGAGAACCGCAGCUUCAGCUGUUGAUUGGAUUGGGGGACAGGAAACACGCCGAAACGGGGCAGCAGUCGGACGCUUCGCUUCUUCCGGCAGAUUGGUUCCCCUCACCCCCCGGGCUUGCUCAACUCUCGCGUUCUCUUCGCACUGCGGCUCUGUUCGUCGUUUUGUUCUACCCUUCAUGUGCAAUCUUGUCUUGGUGUGAAGCUCGCUCUGCAAUGAGAGCACUCUGGUAACCAUGCUUUUUCCACUGAGUUGUGAACUGUGUGGACGCCUUUGCUGUAAUCAGGGCCAGAUACGUCUAGAGAGUUCUAGUUUGGUGAGUAUGCAGUCAGUGGGCUUUCCCUUGUUUUUUUUCCUCAUAUGGUUGGUUAUAUAUACAUCAGGGGCUCCAUAGUCAUUGCUGGAGAAAAAUGUCCUUUUUUUUUUUUUUUUUUUUUUUUUUUGAAUCCUUGAAUGUCAACGAAGAGAGUAGGCCGAGGAAACAGUAGGUCAUUUGUUGGAAUGAAUCUUUUGUUUUCAAAACAUAAUAUAUAUAUAUUAAUAAUAGAAAAGAACCUGGUCGUUCCAAAAUAAGGGGGCUACCCAUGACAGAAAAAAGGCGGCGGUAAAUAUUGGGAAAAGAAAAAAAAAGACGAUCCAUCAUCUGAUAUAUGGGGGCUUCUUCAAUCUCGACGGACACUAGGGCUCUCUGCCGUGGUGGGAUGUAGUGACAGGUUCUGAUGAUGUGGCCAUUUGGGGAACGGCAUUGGGCCUUGCUCCACUACUCGAAACACUACAUGCAUUCGGACGGUUUGUGGACUAUGUGCAUUCACCCGAGUCCAGCAUUUUGAAUGUGUAGGUCCACUUAUGAGCUCCAGAUAAAUAUAGAGUGUUGCGUAGUCGAGCGGGGGCCCAUUGUAUGAACGUGUAAAUUUGUUGGUGGUAAAUGGCAGAGUUUGUAGGAUAUUCUGCAUGCAUUUGGACGGUUUCUGGACCAGGUUCACAGAUUGGCAGACCUUUCGGCCCAUAGGAUUUAGGACCUGGCUCUAACAGUCG